AUGGCUGCCUUCAGCGGCGACGAAACCGCUCCUUUCUUUGGCUUCCUCGGAGCCGCCGCCGCCCUCGUUUUUUCCUGCAUGGGUGCGGCGUACGGCACCGCGAAGAGCGGCGUGGGGGUGGCGUCGAUGGGAGUGAUGAGACCGGAGCUGGUGAUGAAAUCGAUCGUUCCGGUUGUGAUGGCUGGUGUGUUGGGGAUCUACGGUUUGAUCAUUGCGGUUAUCAUAAGCACGGGCAUUAACCCUAAGGCCAAAUCCUAUUACCUCUUCGACGGUUACGCGCACCUCUCUUCGGGUCUCGCUUGUGGCCUCGCUGGCCUCUCCGCCGGCAUGGCCAUCGGAAUCGUUGGCGACGCCGGUGUCAGAGCAAAUGCUCAGCAGCCCAAGCUCUUUGUUGGAAUGAUUCUCAUUCUCAUUUUUGCUGAGGCUUUGGCGUUAUAUGGUCUCAUCGUUGGCAUCAUCCUCUCUUCCCGUGCUGGCCAAUCCAGGGCCGAUUAA